UCUAGAUUGCUUAUGGAACUUAUUUAUAGAUCCCAUGUAUUCUGGUGGAAUCACUAAGACAAGUUCAACAGUAGAAUUUCCUAAACGAUCGUACUCAUCAUGCAGCUCAGUUAAAAAGUACAAAAAUAAAAGCCAAUCAUUGAUAAAAUACUCAAGUUUGCACUAUCAUCGACCAAGGAAGCAGAAAUAAGGGAAAGAGCUGUAAUAAAUCACCGAACAAUGGCGGCUCUAAUUGUUCCAUCAGUAACUGAAGUUAUAGCAAUACACCAGGAAUUAGACUCCGUGAUAGUGCCAAGUGUGGCUCUGUAUUCCUUCGAAAUCUUCCGCCGAUCAAAGACAAUAUUCGUAAAUUUAACACAAAUGACAUCUAUUCUCGAUGGGUUAAACUAUUCAUGCGCUUCUGAGGUCACAACAAACUCGAAAUAUCGCUAAAUAAAUAAGAGCCUGCCAUUCCUGAAGAUUAAUAUGACAAAUACGAAGAUAAACCUUCUUCCUGUGAGGCAAGAUCAGUCCAAGAUGAACUAUUUCACUAUAAAAAUAUACAAUGUAGAGAAUACGGCUAAUCUCACCAAUACAGAGCCCUCUGGCUCUGAGGAUUUGAGUAUCCAUAUAGGAUGCAAGAUGAAAGAGCAGGUCCUUUCCUGGUAUCAGUACUUUAUGGCGAUCCAGACACGUCGGAAGCCACAUGUACUAAAUCAGACUUCCAACCCUCAGAAUUUAUAUAAUAGCUAUGUUAAUAAUGAUUUCAUAAAUAUUUCUACAAAUAGCACCAACCAGAUGAGGACACGAGGAGGGAAUCCUAACAGAGAAUCCUCUCUUUCUGAAAUGUCUUGCUACAGCAAGCAGUCCAGACAUAAACAUGCUUCCAGUUCCAAGAAGUUCUGCAAUAGCAUAAUACAAGAGAAUAAGAAGGAUGUAAAUUUAGUGAACUUGCAGCAUCCCUUCUACCAGACAAUCUUCAAGAAGAGAGAAGUAGUGAUCAAUCUCGGAGAGCUCAAGAAGAAAAUUGAGUCAAGAAAGUCUCUCAAAAAGCGCAAAAAAUCCAAAAAUCCGAACCAGAAAGGACAGAGUAAAUCCUUUAUCUAUGAUCCUCCCUCACGAAAGAGCCUUUCAAGGCCAAAAUCUCGCAUCCGGAUUUCUCAGGACAAGGAGAAAUUCCUGACCAAAAAUACGUCGCAAUUUACCCAUACAGAUGUGAACCUAGAAUGAGUCAUUUCUCGGAUGAGCCAAAAUUUGAACAAGACUGAAAUCCAGAACCAGUCGGAAAACCUGUCUUUCAAACAGUUCUGACAGAGCAAACCUCAAUAUUUUAAGAACCUUAAAUACCUCAUCCAGGCUGAGGAGGGUAACAAGGCGGAUUAUAGCCAAGAAAUUAAGCACACAAUGGAAACUGAUCCUAAAGACUCUCGAGCACAGAUCGAACUGGAGAAUUUCAGCCCAGGGAACUUUGGAGGAGGUAAUACCCCCUUCUGUGACAUUACCAAUAUGGAUAAUAAGUAUCCCCCGAUCCCAAUGACUCGGCAAGCUCAGGAUCCUGUAGCUCCGCAAGUAGUGGAGUCACCUGCAGUAGAUAGCUUCAAGAGUGAUCUCCAGAAGAAUUCUUCAGCUCCAAAUUCAAAAUCAGAUUCUCCCAGUUUGUCUUUUAAAAGCUGUAAGAUGUCUGGCUCAGAUAGGGAAUCUCAGGAUGAGACCCUUGCUGCCAAAGAGAAUUCUGAAACCAAUAUUUAUGAUAAACUUACCACAGAGAUCCUCAAUAAUCCCGGAAUGUCCAAAAACUCACCCUCUGGUGCAGAAGAUAUCAAGGAUUUUGACAGAACAUUGGCGGAGUUCACCACUAUGAGGGACUGAGAAAAGCCUGAAGGCAACGAUCUUGACUACAGGAGAAAAGAUAACUGACAUAUCUUCUAGCUUUCAGUAAAGAUGCUCAGCUUUAGCAUAAGAAUAGCUAAAAUUAUCAGUUUUGGCUCAUAAAUACCCUUCA